CUCUCCAACACUUUCUCCUCCUCCGAUCCCUUUUCUUAUUUACAUGUUGGAAAUGCGCUAAUAAUUCUUCAUUCUGAAAGAAAGCAAGAAAGCAGAGAAACAUAUCAAGAAAAUGAAAGAAGGCGUUGAGCUAUUUUUCUUCCCUGCACUUGGAAUGGGCCACCUCUUAUCCGCAGUUGAAAUCGCAGAGCUCCUUAUCCACAGAGACCACCAUAUCUCCAUCACCAUCUUCAUCUUGAAACCACCUUUCGACCUCAAAAUCACCUCUUUCAUCCAAUCCCAAACCUCGCAAACGCGACUCAAGUUUGUUACACUCCCCAUUGACGAGCCCAUCGAUUCCACCAACAUUCCCACUCCUUCCAUGAUCCCCAUCGACCCUUUCAAGCCUCGAGUCAGAGAAUGCGUUCAAGAAACCAUCCGAACUGUACGCCUCGGCGGAUUCGUAAUCGACAUGUUUUCCACGGCCAUGAUUGACGUGGCCAACGAAUUCGGAGUUCCGACCUAUGUGUUCUACACCUCCGGCGCCGCCGUGCUCGGCUUCCUGCUGCAUAUGCCGAGCAUCACCGUGGACGAGGGUAUGGAGGAUUUAAGAGGGUACAAGAGGGAUCUCAAUAUCCCAGCUUACGUCAACCCUUAUCCCCCCAACCAGUUCCCCUCUGCUCUGCUAGACCAACACGGUUUCGCAAUGUUCCUCGCCAUGUCCAAACUGAUUAGUUCGACAAAGGGUGUACUUGUCAACUCCUUUCUUGAACUCGAAUCCCACGCAAUCAAGGCCCUCUCCCACUACCCAAACUCCCCUCCAGUAUACCCCGUCGGACCGAUUCUAAACCUGGCCGGCGCCGGUAAAGAUAGCCAACAGAUUUUGGAAUGGCUGGACGACCAGCCGGAGGGUUCCGUGGUGUUCCUUUGUUUCGGGAGCGAGGGUUACUUCCCGGAGGAGCAGGUGAAGGAGAUCGCUAUUGCUUUAGAGCGUAGCGGGAAGAGGUUCUUGUGGACACUGAGGUGUAUGCCGGAAAAGGGUUCUCUUAUUCCCGGGGAAUACAGCGAUCCCGGAGAAGUCUUGCCGAAUGGGUUCUUGGAAAGGACACAAGGAGUAGGGAAAGUGAUUGGGUGGGCUCCCCAGGUGGCCAUACUGAGCCACCCGGGGGUCGGGGGCUUCGUUUCACAUUGCGGGUGGAAUUCGACACUCGAGAGCAUCUGGUUCGGGAAGCCAAUGGCGGCAUGGCCUAUUGCCGCGGAGCAACAAGCCAAUGCGUUUCAAAUAGUGAAGGAGAUAGGAAUAGGGGUAGAUCUUAAGAUGGAUUACAAGAGGGAUUUCAAGGAUGCAACCAAAUUUUCAGAAAUGGUGAGGGCGGAGGAGAUAGAAAGGGGAAUCAGGAGUGUUAUGGAUCCUCUAAAUCCCAUUAGGUUGAAGGCCAAAGAAAUGAGUGAAAAGAGCAGAUCAGCCAUAGUGGAGGGUGGCUCAUCCUACACUAAUGUUGGGCGGUUCAUCCAGGAUGUCUUCAGCAACAUCAAUUAAUAUAUAGUUUGUCUAGCUUGCUUGGUUUUGAACCAGGGUAGCAAUCAUUAAUUUUCUUCUAGUUUCUAGAGUUCUCAAUGAUAUGCAUGCUAAUAAGGUUAAAAAGUUUAAAACUAAUUUGUACUAUCAAGAAGAGAGUCUUGAGCAAGUAAUGGUUGAUUGGUUCUUUGUUUGUUUAAAUAUAAUAUUUGUGUUUGUUUAAAGAGCA